AUAGAGAAGGUGAGAAGGAACCCAAAGCAACCAUUGUGCCACUCCCGCUCCCGCUCAAAAUCUUAGCGCUGAGAACGAUGCAAAUGGCAGCCAAAGGGUGGAUCGAUGGUGACGAGAGCGCAGCUAAGAUGCUUGGUAGGGUUGCAACGGAGCGACCCUUCUUGCUUCUUCCGCCUCUUCAUCGAGUUCCUCUCCGUGUCGGCAAUGUAGUGGAGCUCGUCGGCCCCUCUGCUUCGGCAAAAACCCACAUCCUCAUUCAAGCUGCUGUGAAUUGCAUUCUCCCUAAAGAGUGGAAUGGGGUGCACUAUGGGGGCUUGGAGCGUUUGGUAAUGUUCAUUGACUUGGAUUGCCGCUUUGACAUUCUGCGCCUCUCGGAAAUCCUAAAGCACCAAAUUAUGGAGCCCAAUGGGUCAAUGUAUUACGAUGAGGAGUUGUAUGCUUUGUGCAUGAGACGCUUCUUGUACGUCCGUUGUUAUGAUAGUCUUGAAUUUCUUGCCACUCUCAAGACAUUGCACUAUCGGCUUCAAAAGGAAAAAGAAGUGCAUCAUGUUGGCAUUCAAUUGCUCAUGAUUGACAGUAUUGGCCCUUUCCAUUGGGUAGAUCGUGGCUCAACAUUCUUUCCCUUGGGGGGAAAUAAGAGGAAAUGCCUCUCUCUUCAGAGUGUGUUUGACGCUGUCGUUCAGGAUAUCAAAAAGCUUCUGCUGGUGCAUCCCAUGCUAGUGAUGGCUACAAAAGAAAUCAUAUUGGGGAAUGCAUAUGGCGGGGAUGAGGUCAAACAAAAUAAAUCUUUGCUGGAUGCCUCAGGGUUAAGAAAUUUGGCAAGUAAUACUCAACAACUUCCAUAUCGUGAGUAUAUGCCAUCUGUCUGGCAGUCCUUUGUUACACACAAGAUACUUGUGCGAGCUUCAGAUGAUCAUAUGCCUAUAAGACACUAUGAAGAACAUUCCGUCUAUUUGUCAGAAUGGUUGUUGCCUUCAAUUAGUUUUCGAGACAAGUUUACCGUAAAAGAUGCUGGUAUCGUUAUUGUCACGUGAUCUGGAGACCGGAAGGAGUGGCCCUACCUAUGCACAAAAAAAUGAAGGGGAAAAAAAGAGCAUAAACCAUAUAUUGUAUUAAAAAAGAUGAGAAUAUGAUAAGAGUAGACUAGUGUAGUAGUGUACAUAAACAGAGUUACAUUAUAUUGAUAUUUGUUUAAUUAAA